CCUCGAGUAUGUACUGAAAAGGACUUGGAGACUAUUAGGCAUGUCAAACCUUUGUAAUAUGUUUUAACAAAAGAAGUACUGCCUAAGUAAGCAAUAUCUGACAGUACUAUGGUUUACUAAAGUUUUACUGAAAAACAACGGUGCAUUACCCACCUGCUCCACAGUAAACACUGUACCUAGCUUGAGCAAACACUGCCGUUACAAACAAUAUCCCUUAUCAGUAGUUGACGGAAAGCACUAUUGUUCACAUGGGACUCUACCCUUACUGUUUAGUAGUCCUCACAUGGACGAUGGCCUGUGCUAGAGUGCCGUUAUAUUUGAAAGAUUUAAAUGUUAACCCAGGGUAUAAAUCAGUAUGGAAACCGGACAUCGGCCAAAAGAAUCCGACAGGCAUAGAAUUCGGAGAGAUUUCCCGCGGCUCGCUGCUGAAAAUAAUGGCGGAAUUCGCGCAGAACGUGGAGCAGCGGCUGCGCCCACGCCAGCAAAGCGCGCGCUUCGACGCGCACUUCGCCAACAAUAAGUACACCCGCCCCUACAUAUACCCGAGGUUCGGCAGGAAUAACAUAAACUAGUAAUUCAUCUCAAGUUAAACUAGUUUUUUGACCCCAUCCCGUACAUACUUAACAACUAGACCGAUCAUCCUUAUGUCCUAACAAAUAUUUUUGCCAGAGCUUUCAGACUUUCCAGUUAACUUUUACUGUAGGUAGUACAAAAGAUAAACAUUUGGCCUUAGAAUCGAUAUAAUUAAAUCGUGAAUUAUUUUACGCA